CAACAGUUCAACCGCGCCGCGAGUGAGCGCGCCGCAACUGGGCAACGCGACCGGAACCUUGAUGGCUCUCUGCCCGACAUUUGACACCGCCGACAGCAACCCCCUCCCGCCACCAUGUCGCGCCGGCCCCCGCGAGGCGAAUACAUCGAGACGGACACGGGCAACAAGGUGGCGCGCAAGGCCACGCUCGUGGGCACGCAGAACAUCAUGCUGGGCGGGAAGACGGUGAUCCAGCCGGACGUCAUGAUCCGCGGCGACCUGACCCGCACCGUCCACGCCGCCGCCCCGCAGCCCGCAUCCCAGUCGGCGACCGGCGCGCCGCCUAACAACACGGCCGUCUCCAUCGGGCGCUACUGCUUUCUGAGCCGCGGGUGCUGUCUGCGCCCGCCGGGCCGGCUCUACAAAGGCGUCUUCACCUACAUGCCCCUGCGCAUGGGCGACCACGUCUUCGUCGGGCCCGGCUCCGUCGUGCAGGCCGCGUCCAUCGGCAGCCACGUGCACAUCGGCGCCCAGGCCGUGGUCGGCGAGUUCGCCAUCAUCAAGGACUACGUGCGCAUCCUCGACGGCGCCGUCGUGCCGCCCAACAUGGUCAUCCCCAGCUUCAGCAUCGUCGCGGGGCAGCCUGCCCGCCUCAUCGGCGAGGUGCCCGAGGGCGGCCUCGAGGCCUUCGAGCUGCGCGACUUGUACAAGACCGUCGGGAACAACCCGCAGCCGGUGCCGCCUUGAGGGAGUUGUGGGAUGCGACAGGUUACAUCUCCUACUACCUGGGGAAGACAUCUUUAUCGGAAUGCUCUCGGUCCCAGCCUAUCGCACCUCUCACCGCCUGCACUCGAUGCCUCGUUGUCUAGUGCCUCGGCGCGUUGGCCAGCCGCGCCCAGUCAGGUUCCUCGGAAGCGCUGG